CUAGGAACAGGAACGUUUUCAACAGUCCGUGUGGCAACGCACAAAGAAACAGGAAUGCAAUAUGCGGUGAAAGCGAUCAACCUCGUUGGAAUUCAACCGCAGACCCUUGUUCGUUUGCGACGAGAAAUUCAAGUGCUGAGAUCUCUGAACCACAAGAAUAUCAUCCAGCUGUAUGAGAUCUUCGAGGAAGACGGCAAGCUCUUCAUGAUUAUGGAGCUUUGCACCGGAGGAGAACUCUGGCAUUUCCUGCAGAGGGUUGAACUCUCGGAGAAGCGAGUUGCAAGGAUCAUCAAGGGGAUAGUGGAGGCCAUUCACUACUGCCAUCAGCGACACGUUGCUCACCGUGACUUGAAGCUGGAAAACCUGAUGCUGGAGAGUGAAGAGGAGGAUGCAAACAUCAAGUUGAUAGACUUCGGCUUCAGCAAGGUGUUCUCCAACUCCAACGGGAUGUAUGCCAUCCUCGGCUCCCCGUAUUACGUGGCACCCGAAGACGCCAGGGGAGGACAGGGCUAUGGAUGCGCAUGCGACAUGUGGAGCAUCGGCGUCAUCACCUUCAUGAUUCUGUGCGGGCAGGCUCCUUUCGACGGCGAGAACGAUCAUGAGAGGCUGCUGGCAGUGAAGCGAGGAAACUUCACGUACCCUCCUCACGGUGAGAGCGGCUCCUGCACGAUUGUCUCUGAGCUUCCCACAGCCAACUUGACGAGUGAAGCGGUCGACUUCAUCAACGCGCUCCUCACAGUUGACCCUGCCAAGCGAUUGACCGCUAAGGCUGCACUGUCACAUGCCUGGCUCCGUCAGAAUGCGCGAGACGCUUCCGCCAAUGUCUUCACACAGCUCAAACGAUUCGCUUCCUCCAUCCUACGGUCCAUCCAUCCUCCUUCCCGUCAUGUGCUCUUGUCUGACAUUCGACAGAUGGGGGGGAGGGGCGGAAUAAAUCAAAUGCCACUUGCGACAUACCCAACAUGA